AUGAGACGUGGUCAAAACCAAGAAAUUUCUUCUCGUUCAGGAGCACCUAGAAGCAAGUCACCAGGCGGUAGGCGAGGAGCUGAACGCCGAGGUCUUACAGAAGAUGAGAUCGAAGAGAUAAAGGAAGCCUUCAAUUUAUUCGAUACUGAUGGAUCAGGGACAAUUGAUCCCAAAGAGCUUAGGGCCGCAAUGCAAUCUCUUGGGUUUGAGACCAAAAAUCCAACCAUUUAUUCAAUGAUUGCUGAUUUGGACAAGCUAGGCACUGCAAUUGACUUUGAUAUGUUUCUAGAUGCAAUUACAGACAAGUUAGGGGAUAAAGAAACCAGAGGAGGGAUUUAUAAGAUUUUUGACUUGUUUGACGAUGACAAGACUGGAUCAAUCAACCUAAAUAAUCUGAGAAGAGUGGCUAAAGAGCUUGGAGAGACAAUGACAGUCGACGAACUUAAUGAAAUGCUUGAAAGAGCAGCUUCUAAUGGACAUGAAAUCACUAGAGAGGAUUUCUAUACAAUCAUGACCAAGAGAGCUUUCCCAUAG